AUGCUCCGUGCACAACCCCAGCACGGCAUUCCACUGCCCGAUGAAGACGUCAAGACAAGCAUUUUCUUCGCUGACGACUCGACGCUUCUCUCCAACUCCUUACCAUCCGCGGUGGCUCAAAUGGAAAUCGUGGACACGUUUUGCUCAGUGUCGGGUGCGCGUCUGAACCAGCGAAAAUGCAUGACACUUGUGCUGAACGACCACCUCGACCCCGCCGACAUCGACGCCGAAGACCUUCUCAACAUUCUCCCAUCGGGCCGGCCGGCAAAGUAUCUGGGUGUGCUGUUUGGCCAUCGUCUUACGGCCGACUUCCAAGCCCAAACACUCCGGGACAAGUUCCUCGCUGCGUUUCCGUUGUGGGGUGGCCGCGCACGGACGAUACAAGGCCGCAAGCUGCUGGUGUCCACCAUGCUUCUGUCGAUGCUAUGGCAUGUUACCGCUGCAGUGCCCAUCCCUCAACCAAUCGUCGACGAGAUGCAGUCGAUGACCAACAAGUUUAUUCUCGGAAGGAAGACCCUGCGUACUGACAAGUACCGUACCUUCAUCAACCGACCUCUCCAACACGACAAGGCCCUUGGGCUUGGUAUUCCUCACGUCGCGUCGAUCAUUCGACAGCAGCGCCUUGUGCGAGUCCAACAACUCAUGGCUUCCCGCAGCAACGGCACUCCUUCGUGGCGCCCUCUGGUCCAACGACAGUUCGCCCGGGUCAUGGGCCAACUCUACCGCGACGACUACCCGUUCGAUUUUCUGCUGUACUUCCCAAACACAAGUUCAAAAUGGAUUGCACUGCGCGAGCUGCAUCCCUUGUGGCGUGAUGUAUGGAAGCAAUGGUCGGCCGUCUCCAUGACAAAGCGCAUUGAAGUUCCCCCGACAUUCAACACGGUGAUGAACUUGCCAUUGUGGUUGACUUCGUACGAGCCGAUGCACUUCGGUCGUCCCAAGUACUCAGCGUGUCUUGCGAGUGCGCCCAACAUUCGUCGAUGGUGUCUUCAUGGCGCAAGCAAUGGACUGCGAAGCUUGAAGGACUUCCUCAACACGGAUGGCUCCUGGCCGACCCAAGCCAUGUUCAUUGCGCGCAUGUCCCAAGGAAGCCCAGAUGCUCGCGUCCGUCUCAAUGCAGCCCGGGAUCGGAUGGAAUUCAGUGCCAUGGAGCGGGCCGUCUCCAUUUACCUCCACAUCACUCGAGUCUACGAGCAAGUUCGGCGUCACUUCGAUCUUCGACCUGGUGCGCUUUCGCCUGGCCUCGUUCGCACUGCGCAUCCAUUCUUUGGAUACGUGAAGGACCAAUGCCAGAGCUACUGUGCAUGGCCCAAGAAGAAGCUGUUCGACUUGGCGUACCAUGCUCCACCUGCUUCAAGCACGCACCCGGCGGUGACGUCCGCCCGCACAUCCACCGAAGACUUGGCCAAGUACAUGCGCUUUGUUCGACGUACGUGCCACGCACCAACCCCCGUUCAAGGCGAUGUUUGGCUUCGACUCGUCCUGCGUAUGCUUCCCGUCAACAGCCGGUUCUCGUACAAGCAAGCCAUCGACCCUUCGGCCAUUACCUGCACGUAUGGAUGUGGCGCCGUCGAAACUGAACACCAUGCUUUCCACACCUGCAACGAAGUUUUCCCGACGUGGCAGUUCCAUGCUCGCGCCUGGCGUUGGUUUGGCGUUCGUUUCGACUGGGCUACCAUCACGAACAUCGACGCUUUCACUGUCAACCCAGCCUAUGCCAACAACAAGGAAGCAUUGUUCAAGCUAUGGUCGCUGCUGACUGCCACGGUCCUCCACUCAGCUUGGACGCAACGCAAUGCCAUCAAGCACGAUGGCAAGCAUCCUUGGCCUCGACGAGUCUGGGAAGAAACCACCUUCAUCGGUUGGAUGGCGUCCGUGCGGCGCUGGCUUCGACUUCAAGAUCCUACCGAUGAACUUCGCAUCGACGUGCUUGCACAACUUGCGAUUCUCAAACGGCAGCGACCAUACCACACGCUUUGGCUCAAAUACCCCAACUGCUUGGCCCUCGACAUUUCCUUCCAACAUCCCUAG